UAAAGAUGGGAGAAGUAAAAGCGUGAUGUUCUGGCGUCCUCCACUAAAGGCUUAAAGAGAAACAGACAGGUCGUGGAGCGGUUAUCCAGAGUGACGGUGUGUGUGGGUGGUGCUAGUGACAGUGGUGGCAGUAGUGGUGGAAGACAGCACGGCACUGUAUCAUCACAACCACCACCAUCACCACCACCACCACCACCACCACCUCUUGUGAUUCUUCUCCGGCUUGUUUCAUCAUCGUCAUCAUCGUUGUCGUCAUCGUCAUCAUUACUACCGCAAUCAUCACCAGUACUCUCAUCCCCACUACCACAGCCACUACAGAAGUUAAGGUCAUCACCACGGAAGUUACAGUCAUCACCAGUCUCACCACCACCAGAAAAAUUACAGUUACCACCACCACCACUACCACCGCGACAUCCACCAUCGUCCUCACCACCAUCACCACCACCACCACCACCACCGCCGUCCACCAUCACCAGUACUCAAAGACCCCUGCAGCUUUCACCACCACACGCCCCGUCGGGAAGGGCCACUACGCCCCCCACGCCGCCCUCCUACACGCCCCUCCGCUGCGGCAGGGGCAUGUGGGAGUGGCGGGCAUGGGUGCUGGUGGUGCUGGCAGUGCUGGGGGCGGCCAGGGAGUGCCACGCCCAAGCCCACUACGGGGAAACAUCGACUUCCGCCUCCCUUUGUCCGCCAAAAAGAGGCUCCUCUCAGAAAAUCUGCAGCAGCAUGGAUUUGAGGAACAACGUGGAGGAGCUGGCGAGGCUGUGUCACUGCUCCAUCAUUGAGGGUUACCUGCAUUUCGUCCUCCAGGAACAGAACGACAGCGCCUCUGCCGCCAAGCUGAGGGAGUUCACAUUUCCUGAACUGCGGGAAAUCACGGAGCACCUUCUCGUGUACAGAGUGUUCAGCCUUACCACCCUCAGGACGCUCUUCCCCAACCUCACCGUCAUCAGAGGGGAGGUGCUCUUCUACAACUACGCCUUAGUGAUCUACGACACACCUAAUCUGGUGGAGGUGGGCCUGGCUUCCCUCACCUCCAUCCUCAGAGGAUCGGUGCGAAUAGAGAGGAACCGGCAGCUGUGUCACGUGACCACGGUGGACUGGACUCGCAUCACCUCCAGGCCACUCACGAAAAACUACAUCAACCGGAACAAGCCUGAGUCGGAGUGCCGCCCCUGCCCUGCUGACAUGGGCUGCCCCGCCGCCACACGCUGCGGGCCCGGGCGCUGCUGGGGACCCGGGGCGUGCCAGAUUCUGUGUAGGAGCGGGUGUCCGGGCGGGUGUGUAGGCGGGGAGUGUUGCCACGAAGAAUGUGUCGGAGGCUGCCUCACGCCGGGGAGCCCCAGGACCUGCCUCGCCUGCAGGAACUUCUGGGACGUGGAGGAGGGCCGCUGCUCCCCCGACUGCCCGCCUGGGAAACUCAAGGUAUCGAGGCACCGGUGCGAGCGGGUGCAGGCGUGUCCCCAUGGUCGCGCCCUGAGGCUGGACACGCGGGAGUGUGUGUGGGAGUGUCCCGCGGGGCAUGAGAACACCACCUCGGCGAUCUUCGGGAGGCUGUGUCGUCCCCUGCCAAGUGUGCGUGUCCUCCCUUGCGCAGGUCACCAAUGUCCCAGGAGGUGCCCAGGAACUAACGUGAGUAGUGUGAGUCACGCCCAAGCACUGCGAGGCUGCACGUUGAUCGAAGGAGGCCUCACCAUUCUGAUCAACGGUGGAGAGAAUGUGCAGAAGGAGCUGGAGGAGAACCUGAGCACCAUCAAGGAGGUGGAGCACUUCGUCAAGGUGUUCCGAUCCAACCUCACCUCGCUGACCUUCUUCUCCUCCCUCACUCGCGUCGGUGGCCUGGAACGUCUCCACACUGAUUACUCCGUGGUGAUUCUAGACAACCCCAACUUGCAAGAACUGUGGAACGCGUCAGGCCUCACCAUCGAGCGGGGCAAGAUUCUGGUCCACGCCAACCCUAAGCUUUGCCUCCACCGCGUGCACACAUUGGCCAACCAAACGGGCCUCCAGGGCUUGUCCGAGACUGAUGUGAGCCCGACCUCUAACGGCGAUAAGAUUCCUUGUAACAUCACGCCGCUGAGAGCCAACGUCAGCACCUCGCCCCUGUACGGCACGCUGACGGUGACGGUGGAGGUGACGCAGCUUCCUGGCGUCAGCGUCUACUACGUGAGCUACAUGAAGACUGACACCAACAUCUCCCUCUACGACAGCGACCAGCCAUGUAGCGAGCAGGGAUGGGCGAUGGUAGAAAUGUCAAUAGUGAACGGUACUGGAAAAGACGAAGGAAGCAGAAGAGAGGAAGGAAGAGGAAUAAGAAGUGAAGAAAGAAGGAGAAGAGGAGGAGGAGGAGGAGGAGGACACAUCAUCUCCGGCACACUGGUCAACCUGGAUCCGUUCACCCGCUACGCCGUUUUUGUCAAGACGGUUUCGCUGGACUCGAGUGCCCGCGGUGCCCAGUCCGAGGUGAUGUACGCCACCACCAGCGCUUACAAUCCCUCGGAGCCUGAGAACCCGCAGUGGUCAUCGCCAAACAGCUCGACGCUCAAGCUGUGGUGGCUGCCCCGACACCCUAAUGGCGUGAUCGACCACUACCUCGUCACUCUGGUGCUGCUGCUCGACGUCCCCAAGAUACCCGCUAGCCUUGACUUCUGCAUGGAGCAAGAAAGGAGGUACCUUCAGAAAAACCUACAGUCCGACCUGGUGAUGAGAUCCACGUCCUAUUCCGACGAAGACGAGAUCGAGGACGAAGAGGACGCGAUGGACGAAGAGGAGGAGCACGACGAGGAGGAUGACGAGGACGAGGAUUGGGACAAGGACGUGAGAAUGUACAGGAACGAGACGAGAACGGAUGGGGACAAAGAUGGGGAGCUCUCGUGUCGCCAGGCCUCGCACUUCACGGCUUCGUCCUCGUCCUCGUGCUGCGCCUGCCCGGAGUCGCCUUCGUCUGAGAGUGACGGGGAUGUCCUCGGUCAGAUCGCCUUUGAGGACUUCAUUAUGGACAGCGUUUACGUGAAGAAAGCGGGGAGAGGCAGGAGAAGAGCCCGGGAGAGACCGCACCAACUGGACGCCUUCGAAAAGAACCUCCGCGCCACCUACCAGCAACCUCGCAACACCAGACAAGUGCACCACCCAAGGACUUUGGUCUCAAGGAGCUUAGACUCAAGAGAGGACCACACGCAGCUUCCUAUUGUCUCUGAGGGUGGGGUAAUGGAGGAGUAUCGUCAUCAUCAGCAGCAGUAUCACGAGGAAGGGCAAGGAGGUGACUUCCCUUCGUACCCUGAGGAGUCGGUGCACGAGUUCCCCAGUCAGGGAGGCAUAAGGGCAGAGUAUCAGCUGCACGAGGGCGACCUGCACAAGUAUAACGAGCCUCUACCCCAGCUUGGUUCAGUCCUCCGCCUUCAGAUACGCCAGACCCGUAACCUUCACCUCACCAUCCACCGCCUGCUGCACUUCUCCCUCUACUCCGUCAGUAUCGUGGCGUGUCAGGCACCCAAGCCACUCCUGCCAGACACGUGGAUGAAGCUGUGUUCCCUCCAUCCAGCCCAGACUGCAGCCUACACCAAGCCAAGCGUCGAGGGGGACCAGGUGCGAGCGGGGUCCCUCAAGGUGAUGCUACUCAACGGCACCCUGGGCUCCGUCUCUCUCUCCUGGGAGGCGCCGAGGAGUCCCAACGGAGGGGUGUUGGCUUACGUCAUCAGGCUGCAAGGGCCCCUACGGGAGGAGCGGUGCAUCACCCACAGGCAGUUCGAGGCGCAGGACGGGCGGCUGGAGCUGGAUGACUUGAGCCCCGGGAACUACAGUGUCUCCAUCAGGGUCAGGUCCAAGGCUAAGUUUGGCCCUUACAGUGAGCCCGUGUUCUUCAUCAUCCCGGGUCACGCCCCCAAGCCAAGCCCUCCUGCCCUUCGCUUGGUACUCUCUGCCGUACUGGGUGUGGUGGGCAUGGUCGCUGCGGGCCUCGGGUGCUGGGGCUGGAGGAGAUACCACACUCGUUACACUAUCCCUGACAUCAUGGAGGAGGUGGACGAGAACCCCUGCUAUCGAGGGGGAUUUGCUCCUGCCGAGAUGUUCCGGCAGGAGUUUAUCUUCUGGCGAGACGACCUGAAGGUGCUGCAGGACCGUCCGCUGGGCAAGGGGUUCUUCGGGAUGGUGUUUGAGGGAGAACUGACUCACGGGGGCAAGACGCGAGUGGCGGUGAAGACCCACACGGAGAGGGCCAGCAAGGACGAUAUACUGCAGUUCCUUAAGGAGGCGGCUGUCAUGCAGAACAUCUCAUGCCAUCACGUGGUGCGUCUGCUGGGGGUGGUGGGCGACUAUUCACCGGUCUACGUGGUGAUGGAGCUCAUGGAACAAGGUGACCUCAAGAGCUUCCUUCAGCGCAACCCUCGCCACCACGUCUCGGAGGAGAAGCUAGUGGAGAUGGCAGUGCAGGCGGCUGACGGGAUGGCGUACCUAGCAGAGGGGAGGCUGGUGCACCGGGACCUCGCCGCCAGAAACUGUUUGCUGGACCACAACCUUGUGCUUAAGAUCGGCGACUUCGGGUUGUCUCGAAGCCUCAAAUCAGACUACUAUAGGAAAGAGGGCCAGGGAGUGCUGCCCGUUAAGUGGAUGGCCCCCGAGAGUCUCCAACGCAGCGUUUAUAGCACUCACAGCGACAUGUGGAGCUACGGAGUGCUGCUGUGGGAGAUGGCGACGAGGGGACUCACGCCCUACAAGAACUGCACCAACGAGGAGGUGAUCCGGCUGGUAGUGGAGAAGUACGCAACCCUUGACAGGCCGAGGGACAGCCCGCAGCCCUUCCAGAGACUCAUGCGGCAGUGCUGGCGUUACGACCCUCGAGAGCGCCCCACCUUCCUUGCGGUGACCAAGUUUCUCCUGAGGCAUACGUCGUCUGAGUUCCAGGAGAGGUUCGAAAAAGUGUCCUUCUAUCACAGCCGCUCCAGUGACUAUGCCAAGUACCGGCAGGCCAGCAAGGGCAGCUUCAUGAGUGGUGGGGGGCGGGGCAGCGAUGAUGAUGCCUCGGACGAUAUCGCCCUUGUGUCGUCGUCUGAGAGUGACGAAGAAAUCUCGGAAGACGGCGUCCUGCGCUUCAGGACUCCUCACGGCAGUCCUAGGACUACCAGGAGAUCUCCUAGAGGUGCGAAAGGCGAGAUGUCCACCACAUUGCUGGGCAUGGGUGGCAAGAGUCUGUGCAGGAUAGCUGGCGGCGUGACGGGACCUUCAGACUGGAGCCGCUCCGCCGCGCCUUCCGUCCUGCACUUCUACACCAACGUGAGCCCCGACGCGCGGCCUGGCAAGGCAGUGUGUGGGGCGGACCACAGCUCGGCUGUGGUGCACAGUGCCGGUGAAGACGAGCGGGACCUUCGAUACGCUCAGCUGGCACUCAGCACGCCCAGCACACCAGCCAGUGGGAGUCGCACGCCCCUCCGCACUCCCGGGUCUACGCCACACACACCCUUCCUACACCCCAAUACAGCCGCGUUCCCCUUGCCGUCUUCCCCAGGUGUAUCUGGCUGUUCUCCGUCGUUCCUGCAGCCGCAUAAAGGAGAAAGCUCUGUCUCGUCGAAGAGUCCCUCCCAGGUCAGCCUUGCCACUUCGCCGUCCGCCGCCAAACCCUCAGCGCCAUUCUACUCAAACUUAGCCAAGUCUUUGUCCACGCUCAUCGCUAGGACUUCUGCUCACCCUCAUGAGGCGCCACACAGGCUCCUCAGGAGGCUCACCACGGUGCCUCACGGCCUCCGCAGUACCACUAACACACUGAAGGACUCCCCCAAGUGGCCUUCUUUCAUGGAAGGUCGGAGUAGAACUCUUCCUUCGUCCACGUCUACAUGUAGUGUUCCAACCAACCUCUCUAUUGCUGCCCAAACGGCGGAACUCACCCACAGCGGAUAUAGCAGCUCAGAGGUUACGACGCGUGCUCCCUCCAUGACGUCCGCAGCUCUUAACGAAGAAACAGUGUCCUCAUCCAUCCCCAGCAUACUCCACGACUCGCUGCACUCUUCCUCCAGCAACUCUGAGCACGGAGACGCGGUGCUCACUCUCUCCUCGAGGCCACAACGAUCUAAAUCAAAGUUUUUCCGGUGUGAGAGAGUGUACAUCAACACGCCACCAAGAGCCUCAGAAAGCCUCCCAGAUAAUUUAUUCAGAAGACUUCACGCGGAGUACACGGAAGCCUUCCUCCCUGCCUCCACAGCAGAGUCUUCCAAGUCGAAAAGCUUGAAGAGAUGCAAAAAGGAAAACGAUCCCGGAGACAUUGAGAUGAUGUGAAAGGAGAGCAGAAACGCUGAAUACACACACACACACACACACACACUUUCACUCUUUCUCUCUCUCUCUCUCUCUCUCUCUCUCUCUCUCUCUCUCUCUCUCUCUCUCUCUCUCUCUCUCUCUCUCUCUCUCUGUCUCUGUAAUAACUUUAAGGAACCCUGCGACAGGCAACCUCCUUUUUCUCUCCUCCACGCCAUCCUCAGAGGGGCAGGACAGCGGCAGCGUCUCUUAACACCACACAUCCGCACCUCGGCCUCAUGUUUCACUCCCAGACACUCAACACUCGCCACAACACUCACAAAGUUCCACACUCAAAUUCCUUUCACUACAACGUUAAAGGAAAACUAUCCAAUUUCAGAAACAUCACGGCAAUUCGCUCCUCUCAGGUGCAAACAAUCUCCGCGCCUUGUGACACCUCCCAUUCCUUUCCAACGGCGUGGCGAGGCAAUGGAAAAUGCAUGAACACAUUCACCUCCUGUCCUGCUGUCUGUGUGAUUCAAGAUAUGGAGAAGGACGACCAAGGCCACACAAACACACACAACAAAAAUAAAUAAAUAAAUAAAAGAAGUAAAUAAUAAUAAGAAAAGUGGGAAAAGGAUUAUUUUACUGAUCAUUGCCGCAACAGCCGUGUCAUAGCGGUGUGAGUUGAGAGAUGACGCAGAAUAUAAUCGAGAUAAUACAUAAAACACUACUAAUUUUUGUCAGUGACCGUGAAGAAGUAACUGGACCAAACUGCUCCACCAUAAACUAAAGACGAGCGCUGGCGAGCCUUGUGUUUGGCAGUGCAUGUUUCGGGAACUGAUAUAUACCAACAAGUGUGUGUGUGUGUGUGUGUGUGUGUGUGUGUGUGUGUGUGUGUGAUAAAAGUGGGAAUAAAAGGCUGCUGAACUUACCACUCCUAAACUAUCAAAGAAAGAAAGAAAGAAAGAAAGAAAGAAAGAAAGAGUAAGAGAGAAAAACGGGUGAGCGGUUCAGGUUUAGGUCUUUAAGCUCCUCUUUUGAGUCAACUUAAUUCGUACGAGACAGAUGAAGCACAAACACGUAGAGAGUUGCAGAGUUUAUCAGUGUGUGUGUGCGUGUGUGUGUGUGUCUAGCAUUUUCGAGUAUGUAUAAAUAUUUUUCCAUCACCGUUGAGUCAUUCCAAAUAAAUAUAACUUUUCUUUUUCUCUUUCGUUCUUUCGCGCGCAGCUUGAAAUCAAAUAUCUUGCCUCCCCGUCGAUCUCGUUCCGUCAGUCAGUCAAUAAUGUUGUUCUUGCCAUCACUGUUAUCAUAGAGGCGAGCGUCCCUCAUCGUGCACUCCGUGUGUCUGUACUUUGAGCUUGUCAUUGUGUUACUUCUUUAUAAAUAAAAUUAUAAUUGUC